UCAGACUGGCUAUCAGGCAGACAUCUAGCCUAGUGGAUGGACUUCCUCUGACGUCAAAGCUGACCCAAGCCCGGUCCAGAGAAAGAUGAUUGGUGCCCCAGACGUGGUGGCGUUUACUAAGGAGGAUGAUUUUGGGGAGGUAGGGUACCCCAACCCCUGGGUGUUGCCAGAAGAGUUCUCUGUCCCUCUGUUCCCAUCGAAUAACAACGCCAACCCCUGGGCCAAGACGUCAUACGCCAAGUUCACUAAGGACUUCAUCCUCAUAUCAGAGUUCUCUGAGCAGGUGGGCCCCCAGCCUCUGCUCACCAUUCCUGAUGACCCAAAGGUGUUUGGGACCUUUGACCUAAACUACUUCAGUCUGAGGAUCAUGUCUGUUGACUACCAGGCCUCGUUCGUAGGACACCCCACCGGCAGCGGAUACCCACGACUCAGUUUUGUGGAGGACUCCCGGGUGGUGCUGGGUGACUCUAAGGAGGGGGCGUUUGCCUACGUUCACCACCUGACGCUCUAUGACCUGGAGGCCCGAGGCUUCGUCCGCCCGUUCUGCAUGGCCUACGUCUCUGCCGACGAGAGGAAGAUCAUGCUGCAGUUCCAGGAGCUGUCGCUCCUCUUCUCCCGCGCCUCCGAGUGCCUGAAGACCGGAAACCGACGGGCGUUCGCCCGCGAGCUGCAGAGGAAGCUACGUGACCUGGAGUACACACGGUCUGUUCUGCAGAAAGAGGAGGGGCUUCAGCGGGAGGCGGGGCCUCGGGGGUGUUACUCCGCCCACGCGGUGGACAAGGCCAAUGAGCUUGCGGCGAUGGAGAAGAGUAUCUACGAGCACCGAGACCUGCUGAGGCAGAUCACCUCGUACCCCCUCCGCCCCCGCCGAGACCCCCACGCCGCACACUGUCAACACUGUGUCACCGAGUCACAGAGACGCAGAGACGCGCCGCCGGACCCCGACCGUGACACGGGGGAGGAGGCGGGACAGAGGACGCAGCAGUCCUACACCCCGCAGCUGAUCAAGGGGAAGUCGGCCAAGUGUUUCGCCAAGCGUCUGAAGAACCUGACGGAGUUGUGCGAGGAGAGGUUCUACGAGGCCACCGCGGAACUACUCAACCACACAGAGCGGUGUUUCCGGGGGGACUUGUGUUACCUGUACACCCGCCGCCUGGACCGAGCGCUACGCAGGAAGCAGAACGUCACCAACUUCCUGUUUGAGGAGGAGCUAGGCGAGGAGGAAGAGGAAGUAGCGGUGCUGGGAAGAAUCUUCUGUUCUCUCAACCACACAGUGGGGACGGACUCACACAUACACACCCCUUCCGUCGUGCUUUGCCCCGAGCCACCGGAGUCUGUGGAGGUGAACCCUCCCUGCCCUGAUAACUCUGCCCAGCAGAGUGAGGCCCUGACCGGGGAGGAGAGGCUGGAGUCGUCACUCUCUGAUCUGACCAUGGAGACGCAGGACCAGGACAGCUCUGAGGAGAAUAAGGACAGCUUUAGUAGUGACAGGAGUGGAGGAGAGGAGGAGGAGGGACGGGAGGGAGGAGAUCAGACCCCUGUUUUUCUGCUGGAGGCUGAGGAGGGGGGCGAGGGUGAGAGACACCGUGGGGCUGAGACAGAGGAGGGAGGGGCUGAGACAGAUGAGGGUGAUGGACAGAGAGUUCCUGAUCCUGAGUUACUGGUCCAGAUGGACACGGCCUGCUGCAUGUCUCAGGAGGGCUUCCUGUACAACUCCUCUCCCCCAGACACGCUGCCUGCUUCUGGGCUGCAGCCCGGCUCUCUACCCCUUCCCCUGGUGGUCAACCAGGAGCCCCAGGCCCUGCUGCCAGUCCAGGGGGACUACGGCCUGGGUUCCCCCCACUGCCAGAGCCCUGGGGCCGGGCUGGACCUGCCCGUCUCCUCCUCGGGAGAUACCACCUCCAGGGGUUCGGACCAGGACGGGUGGGACUGUACCAUGUCAGCGUCUACGGGGUCCGAACGGGCCGGCUCACCUCUGGGGUACGGGGGGUUGGUAACGCUGAGGCAGAAGAAGAGGGCCGGGCAGGGAGCGCUCAGGUUUGUUCGUCAGUAUCCGUUUGCCCUGCAUGCCCUGUGGUCCCUACUGAGUGGUCGAACCCUGGUGGUCCUGGGAUCUGAGGAGGGGAGGGUCAGGACGCUGGUGUCCGCUCUGGCCCUCUACGUGCCUGGACCCGGGCGCUGUGGGGAGAGGGUACAGCCCUGGCUCUCCUGCCCCUUCAGCCUCACUGACCUACAGAGAUGGAAACUCAUAGGACUACAGAGGAUGGCGUCUCCCGUGGGGACCAGCAUGCUCUGCUCUCUGUCUCGCUACAGCCGUUACAUCUCCGUCCUGGACGCCGACCGGAAGACCCUCCGUUGCCCCGGCUACCGCGGAACCCUCCUGGCCAACGUGGCGGACCACCGAACCCGUCUGCGUCGAGGUUCAACCUACUUCCUUCAUCUCCAGAACGUGCUCAGUGGACUGGCUUCCCGGGCCUUCCUCCUUAGCUUUACGCAUCACCUCCACCUUCCCAUCAGCCACCUGGAGGAGAGACAGGAAGUGGAGGAGAGGACGAGAGGCUUCCUGAGGGAUCAGCUCAGGCUUGGGGAAGACGACUGUUCCAUCCUGAUGUACCUGAGUCAGCUGAUCACACAGCACUACCUGGACAGUACCUCCGGAGGAGCUGUUACUACACAACCCCACCUGGAGAAGGAGAACACGCCUGGAACCACACAGCAGGACCUGGAAGCUAACAACAUACUAGACCCUACCACUGGGGGCACUAUAAACUCAGAGCAGUACCUAGACCCUACCACAGGGGGUGCUGUAGACCAACAAGACCCUGAGUCUAAUACUGGAGGCAGAGUGAAUACAGGGCAGUACCUAGACCCUACCACUGGGGGCGCUAUAACCCCAGAGACGGGCCUAGACCCUACCACUGGGGGCGCUAUAACCCCAGAGACGGGCCUAGACCCUACCACUGGGGGCGCUAUAACCCCAGAGACGGGCCUAGACCCUACCACUGGGGGCGCUAUAACCCCAGAGACGGGCCUAGACCCUACCACUGGGGGCGCUAUAACCCCAGAGACGGGCCUAGACCCUACCACUGGGGGCGCUAUAACCCCAGAGACGGGCGUAGAGCCUACCACUGGGGGCGCUAUAACCCCAGAGACGGGCGUAGAGCCUACCACUGGGGGCACUAUAACCCCAGAGACGGGCCUAGACUCUACCACUGGGUGCGCUAUAACCCCAGAGACUGGCAUAGACUCUACCACUGGGGGCGCUAUAACCCCAGAGACGGGCCUAGACCCUACCACUGGGGGCGGUAUAACCCCAGAGACGGGCCUAGACCCUACCACUGGGGGCGCUAUAACCCCAGAGACGGGCCUAGACCCUACCACUGGGGGCGCUAUAACGCCAGCGCAGUACAUAGACCCUUCCACUGGGGGCGCUAUAACCCCAGCACAGUACCUCGACACUACCACUGGGGGCGCUAUAACCCCAGAGCAGUACCUCGACCCUACCACUGGGGGCGCUAUAACCCCAGAGCAGUACCUCGACCCUACCGUCCAUCAGUCUGCUACUAGGAGCAGAGCUCCACCCAGCUUCACCUUUAACUACACCACCAGUCUCCUAUACAAGAUCUGAUCUGAAACACUGACUGGGGCCGAAUCUCCUGAGAGCCUUCAAGUCCUCUCUACUCACCUCCUCAAAACAACACCGGAGGAGACAGAUCUGCGGUAGAUUCACUCUGGGUUGGAGAUGGGAGGGCCCGUCUCUGUCUCCUCGGUAACCAGGAGAGACGGAGGGCCUGUCUCUGUCUCCUAGGUAAUCAGGAGAGACUGAGGGCCUGUCUCUGUCUCCUAGGUAACCAGGAGAGACUGAGGGCCUGUCUCUGUCUCCUAGGUAACCAGGAGAGACGGAGGGCCUGUCUCUGUCUCCUAGGUAACCAGGAGAGACGGAGGGCCUGUCUCCUAGGUAACCAGGAGAGACUGAGGGCCUGUCUCUGUCUCCUAGGUAACCAGGAGAGACUGAGGGCCUGUCUCUGUCUCCUAGGUAACCAGGAGAGACGGAGGGCCUGUCUCUGUCUCCUAGGUAACCAGGAGAGACGGAGGGCCUGUCUCUGUCUCCUAGGUAACCAGGAGAGACGGAGGGCCUGUCUCUGUCUCCUAGGUAACCAGGAGAGACGGAGGGCCUGUCUCUGUCUCCUAGGUAACCAGGAGAGACGGAGGGCCUGUCUCUGUCUCCUAGGUAACCAGGAGAGACGGAGGGCCUGUCUCUGUCUCCUAGGUAACCAGGAGAGACGGAGGGCCUGUCUCUGUCUUCUAGGUAACCAGGAGAGACGGAGGGCCUGUCUCUGUCUCCUAGGUAACCAGGAGAGACGGAGGGCCUGUCUCUGUCUCCUAGGUAACCAGGAGAGACGGAGAGCCUGUCUCUGUCUCCUAGGUAACCAGGAGAGACGGAGGGCCUGUCUCUGUCUUCUAGGUAACCAGGAGAGACGGAGGGCCUGUCUCUGUCUCCUAGGUAACCAGGAGAGACGGAGGGCCUGUCUCUGUCUCCUAGGUAACCAGGAGAGACGGAGGGCCUGUCUCCGUCUCCUAGGUAACCAGGAGAGACGGAGGGGGUUGAAUGUAAUGUAGCAGUGUUCACGUCAGUGACGUCACCGUCAUGCUGUCCAUCAAGUCCUCCUUCCGAUGAAUGGCCUGGCCUUGGGGGGCGGGGGAACCUGGUUGAUAAGUCACUAUGAACCCUCCUUCCGAUGAAUGGCCUGACCCUGGGGGGCGGGGGAACCUGGUUGAUUGGUUGAUAAGUCACUAUGAACCGUCCUUCUGAUGAAUGCCCUAACCUUGGGGGGCGGGGGAACCUGGUUGAUAAGUCACUAUGAACCCUCCUUCCGAUGAAUGGCCUGACCCUGGGGGGCGGGGGAACCUGGUUGAUUGGUUGAUAAGUCACUAUGAACCGUCCUUCUGAUGAAUGCCCUAACCUUGGGGGGCGGGGGAACCUGGUUGAUAAGUCACUAUGAACCCUCCUUCCGAUGAAUGGCCUGACCUUUGGGGGGCGGGGGAACCUGGUUGAUAAGUCACUAUGAACCGUCCUUCCGAUGAAUGGCCUGACCCUGGGGGGCGGGGGAACCUGGUUGAUAAGUCACUAUGAACCGUCCUUCUGAUGAAUGCCCUGGCCUUGGGGGGCGGGGGAACCUGGUUGAUAAGUCACUAUGAACCCUCCUUCCGAUGAAUGGCCUGACCUUUGGGGGCGGGGGAACCUGGUUGAUAAGUCACUAUGAACCGUCCUUCCGAUGAAUGGCCUGGCCUUGGGGGGCGGGGGAACCUGGUUGAUUGGUUGACAAGUCACUAUGAACCCUCCUUCUGAUCUGAGCGAGAAGUGUGUGUGUUGUGUGAAACGUUAAUAUGUUCUGUGUGUGUGUGAAACGUUAAUAUGUUCUGUGUGUGUGUGAAACGUUAAUAUGAGGCAUGUGUGUGUGUGUGUGUGUGUGUGUGAAACGUUAAUAUGUUCUGUGUGUGUGUGAAACGUUAAUAUGUUCCAUGUUCUGUGUGUGUGUGAAACGUUAAUAUGUUCUGUGUGUGUG